AUGUCUUCUGCUCUUUUCUUAGCUUCGGUACUGGCUUUGCGUGCAUCGUCACUCAUCUGCCCACCGUUACCGAUCUGCCCAGAUGAUAAUGAAUGUACAUUCAGUUCCAAUGGCGCCGAUUUCAAAGUCAGCUGUGCAACAGACUUCUUUGGAGGCGACAUGGGACGAGUAUAUGCCGCAACAGUUGCCGACUGCAUGAAGACCUGUGCGUCUGCAGAUGGUUGUGUUGCUUUGAGUUACGUGGGCACGGAUUGCUACUUGAAAAACGCACUCAACGCCGGUUCAACCAGUGCGGGAGUGACAGGCGCGAGUAUAGUAUCUCGUGUUAUUCCUACCCCUCUCUCAAGCUCACCAGCGCGACCGCAACAGCCCUGUCCGGCUUCCAUUAGCUGCCCUGACAACAAUGGCUGUCUCACCUCCGAUAGCACCACCAGCCGUUCUUUUACCCUGAGUUGCGGUAUUGAUUUCUAUGGUGGCGACCUCAAAUUGGAGUGGACUGAUGGACUAGAAGCCUGCUCAGCUGCAUGCGCGGCUAAUUCUGAAUGUGUUGCAGCAUCGUUCGUUGGUAAUAGUGGGAGCAGUGGAUCAUGUUAUCUUAAGAGCAAAAACCUGGGACCGGUCCCAGAUUCUCGCGUGAAUGGUAAGGAUUACCUACGGCAGGGAUUGAAUCAAACAAAG